AUGCGUGAGUCAUCGGGUCAACAAAAUAUGGAUUUGGAAGAGGCACAGCAAGAAAUUCGUCAGUUGAAGACUUCAAAUGAGACAAAAAGAGAACAGAUUUGGGCGCUACGCACUAUGCUCCGACAGAACAAAUCUACAGCCGAGACCGCCCUGGCAAAUUUGAAGCAGAAAUACGAGAAAGAGAAAUCACUGGUCACGGAUACGAUGCAGAAACUGCGCGACGAACUGAAAGCAUUGAAAGAAGAAUCGGCUCAAAGUGCCUCACUUCGAGCGGUGUACUCACAAAGAUGCAAAGAGUACAACACUCAUAUGGACGAGAUGCAGCGCAAAUUGAUUGUGAGUUGUUUUUCCCUCUGUUACUUGCAAUUGUUGAUUGUGAUUCUCAUGAAACUGUAUGAAAUAACAGCUCGCUUCUUCGUACUUAAUCGUCUUCCUCAAGGUAUGCUCUGA